AUGGCCACGCCUUCAGCCCAGACGAGGGACGGCUGUGAACUGCAAUUUGGCACAAAUCAUAUGGGCCAUGCACCCCUCACAAAGAUCCUACUACCGGUUCUCGAGCAGAUGGCACAGGAGGGAGCAGAUGUCCGAGUCGUCUCAGUAUCGUCUCAUGCCCACUUCUAUGCACCGCCCGAAGGCUUCCAGUUCGACACGCUGAAGACACCAGGGGACACACUCACCGCUUUUUAG